UAAAUUGUGUGACGAUGGGGAAAAAGAUUUAAAUUUUUGUGAUUUGGAAGUUUUCUAAUGUUUAUAUAGUUUUGUAAAACCUGUUACUAUAAAGAGUAUAAUAUCAGAUAAAUAAUGCAUGAUCAAAUAAAAACUUCACAGUUAAGUUUGUAUGAAAUGUUUUGAUAAAAAGAUUGAAAUUAUUUAUUUACACAAAGUAAAUAACUAGUAAAUAUCCAUAAAUGUCAUGGUUCGCGGAUCUAGCUGGCAAGGCUGAGACCCUGCUGAACAAUUUGGAUGAACAGACUGGUGCUGUUUUGGGAAAUAAUGGUGGUGUUGUUAAACCGAGAAGACAUGAUCCCGUACCAUUUCCUGAACCCUCUUUGGGGCAGAGGAGACGUCCAAUACCGAAGUAUCUUAAGCGAAACAGUAUGGAAACUAAAUCAAAUCUUAGUCCAACAAGAAAGCUGUCACCUACCAAUCACCAACCACGAUCCUCGAUUAAAGGAAGCCUUGAUAAUGUAAGGGUAAAUCAGGAACGGCGCAAGAGAUCGCCUCCAAAAAAGCUACCGCAAUACUCGUUACACAACUGUCCUAAAACUUUAGUUAAUGAUUUUGAUAAUUUUGGAUUAAAGCAAAGGAGAUUCAGUUUACCCACAGAUUUGGAAAUUAUAAAUAAUGAAAACCUAACAUAUGAUAUGCAAACUUUAGAAGUUGAAAAUGCCAUGUUAAAAAAUGAACUAAAUGUUAUGAAUAGAGAGGUCUCUGAUUUGAUGGAGAGAUUAAGAAAAACUGAAGAUGAACUAAUAAAAACCCAAGCGGCUUUAGAAGCAUCAGAAAAGGUUAAUCACAGAUUAAGUCUAGACAAAGAAGGUUUAUUGGUUCAAUUGGAAGAUGUCAGAAAUAAAAUAGAGGAAGUUAGCGUAGUUGAAAUCUCUCAGUACAGAACGCAAAAACAGGAAAUGGAGGCUGAAAUUCAAAAGUUAAAUAUGAGAAAUAAUGACUUGGAAAACAUGAUUUCAAACUUAACACAAGAAUUGAAUAAUAAUACUUCCAUACAGAAUAGACUAGACAACGAUUUACGACAUGCUCAGUCGCAAAUUUCGGAACUUGAAAGUGAUUUGGAGAAACGAAACCAGGAGUGUGAGCGAAUAGAAAAAGAAUGGGAAUCAUAUAAAUUGCGAGUUAAGAAUAUGCUGGUCUCUAAAGAUGGUGAAAUUAAAUCGCUCAGGGAAGGAAAGAAUAUGACUGAAGAAACGAAACAUCUUAUUGAACAGAUAGACGCCUUGAAGGAAGAACGCGACGACCUUACCCAAAAUAUAUCCCGUGUUAAAACCGAGUGUAGUGAAAUAAAACAACAGAUGUCACUACUUGAGUCUCGGCACACGAACGCAGAGAGAGUUGUUGUGGCCCUACGGGACGCACUGAAGGAGGAACGGGCCGCUAGGAACAAGGCUGAAGCGCAGGCUAAUGGUUUGGGAAAGGAGCUGCAAGCUGUACAACUACAAAGCAAUCAAACAAUAGCUAAUCUAAGAAGUGCAUUGCACAAAAAAGACGAAGAAAUUAACAAUCUAAAAGAGAUCAGUUCUCAAACGUCAGACUCAAGCGCAUUGAAUGUCGGAGACUAUGACGUCAUGCAUUCCAUAGACAACGAAAAGAUUCAAUAUUUGACGCAGACAUUGAUACAAAAACAAGGGAAAAUAGACUCGUUGCUAGCUGAUAAUAAUAUACUGAAGGUACAGUUAAAUAAAUUAGAUAGUAAAUAUAAGAAUGAGAUAGCAUCUCUACGAGCUAAUUCACACAGCGUGAUACAUUUGAACGAUGACACCCGACGGGCCCGUAACUAUGCGCCGUCGUCGUUGUCAAAACUAUCAGUACGGAUUGGAGUAAUGAUAAAAAGAUACCCGAUUUUUAGAUUAUUCAUCUUCUUUUACAUGAUUGGUCUUCAUUUUUGGGUUCUUACCGUUCUGCUCACGAGUACUCCUGAAAAUUAUAUAAGACCAACUAAAUCAUGAUUGUACGUAAAAUAUGUUCAUUUUAUAUAUAUUAAUUGUUCAUAGUUAUGACUGUGAUUAAAAUCAAAAUAUGAAUUAACGGGAAUAAUAAUUUAAAAUUUAAAUCUAUGUAUUACAAAAAUAACCAUCGAUGUAGCCAUCUCAAAAAAUAAAUAAGGCGUCUUCCUAAUAAGGCAAUAUAAUUAAUAUUAAAAAUAGUUAUUUUUAUCUUUAAUUAAAUUGGAGACAAAAGUGAAAAUUUAUUGGUUCAAUAUGAAAAAAAAAAAAACUUUCCAGUAUAAUAAUGUAUCUGUACCUGCAUAUUAAUAUUACAUUGUGUAUGUUUGUAUCAUAAUCUUUUACGUUUUUAAUACAAGAAUUAGUGUUAAUAUACUAAUUCAUUUAAGUGGCAUUUAUUUAUUUACAUUUUGCCA